AAGCGAUAAAGCAGUUUAGUUUUUUGCGAACGCUAUAUGCGAAAAAGAAUCUAAUAAACAAUUCUAACCAAAGUGAAUUCAUCAUGGCUUAUGUGAUGUAUCGUUAUUAAUUUUCAUAUUUCGUGUUCGAGAUGUGUUGUAAUAGUACUAAGUAAUAUCUCAAAAAUUAUAACCGAUUAUAAAAUUGAAGUGCAAGCGACAAAAUAUGACAGUAGAAAUGUGGAAGUAUAUUUUGGUAGUUGUUAUCAUAAAUUCAGUGACCUCUGAAAGAAUAAAGGACAUGAUAUAUAUGCCCUUCGACGGUGUAGCUGCAUGUUUCCGAAGACACAAUGGUACACAUCAGUUCGGAUGUUCCUCUAGUAGAUCGGGAAGUGUAGGCGUAGUACAUUUGGUGGAGGUAGAGAGUGAUAUUGCUUGGUUAGAAAAGAACGCUACUGCCGGUCCAUAUACUGUGGUCCUUUCAUUUGAGAUGUUCAACAGAACUACGCUUCUGAGAUUAAAAGAUACAAACAACAUAAAUGGAGUGCUGCUGACAAAAAAUAUCAGUCAUGAACGACCGUUACAUUAUUCACCUGAGGAUGAGUGUCCCAAUCGAUACUCUGGUUAUAAGAAAUGUAAUAACAUAGAGCCAUGGAAUCCUUUCGGAACUGCAAUACUCAUGGAAGAUUGGCCAUUUCCUAUGUUUUACACAGAGAAUCAGACAGCCUUGGAGGCUAUAAAAUCUUGUUUCUGGACGCACAAUGCGCACGAUCUUGAAAUGCAAUAUCAGAGGUCUCUUUGCGCGAUAGAAAUGAAGUCGUUCAUGUACGCUGCCAUUAACUCGGAAUCUUGUAUAAAGCGUACAGAUUUAAUGUUGAAUUUCAAUCCAACGCAGUUUUGCGAUCCGCUUGGAGAUAGAAACAUACACUGGCCCUUAGCGCCUCUCGAUGAGAGUAAUAAUACAGUGAUAAUGGUAACGGCACGAUUGGAUGCGUCUUCUUUAUUCGAUGGCGUGUCGCCCGGUGCGGGUAACGUCGUAACAGGACUGGUUACUUUACUUGCUACUGCGUACUAUCUAAAUUCCUUAAAUGCCACCGUCGACAAGACGAACGUUGUAUUUUCUCUGCUGAAUGGAGAGGCAUUCGAUUAUAUAGGAUCCAGUCGUAUGAUAUACGACUUAAAACAUAACAAUUUUAACGCCCUUGGUGGAAUCAAUUUGAAAUUCGACGAUAUCCUGAGUGUGGUCGAGUUUGGUCAGUUGGGUCUGGGAAAGAUAUUUCUUCACAGUAACGGCGAAGACGAUAUGAUAAUCCGUCUAAGUAAAACAUUGAAGGCGAAGAUUAAAUAUGGUAGUGUCCCACCUACGUCCGUGCAAAGUUUUCUGGAGGCAAAACCCAAUCUAACGACCGUCGUUAUAAGCAAUCACGAGGAACAAUUUAAGAACCGAUAUUAUAAUGGCAUCUUGGAUGAUGCGGAGAGUCUCGGUUUUGAUAAAAACGAUACUAGCACGCUUGCAUCAGAUUUAGCGAAAAUUGCUCUUCAGGUUGCUAAUGAGCUUUAUUGGGAGGUGACGGGCGAGGCGCCGCAGCCUGUCGAUCUGCCGGUACGGAGAUCUAUGGAGAAUCUUGUCUCGGAAAUGCUACAUUGCUAUCUGGAAAGCGCGAAGUGUAAUCUGUUCCGUGCGGCUUCGUCGCCUAACACUAAAUUGAUCGAUCAGGUUUUGCCGUUGUACGUCGGGGUGCACCGAGCGCUCAACAUCGCGACGACUUUGACGGGCCAGCUUUUAGCAUAUCUGACCGGCGAAAAGCUCUACGAGAUGAACGAAUCAAUGUGCUACGAAAAUCGACUCGCCUGGAUGAGCGGUCAAAACUUCACGGGCUUAUGUAUCAAUUCAACUGUCAAUUACAGUACAGCCGUGAGUCCGGCGUUUAUUAUCGAGGGAUACGAUAUGAAAUCAGGUGUCUACUCAACUUGGACAGAGUCCAUAUGGCAAACGUUAAGCGUUAGAAUGUUUCUCAAACCAGCAGCAGCGACGGAACGUUUCAAUCUGAUUCUGGGUAGCUUGGUCACCGGUUUCUCAUUCGUAUUAGUAUGGUUUAUUAAUAAUAGAGCUAAUGUACUAUUUAAUUCGAGGAGAACUGUUGAUUGCUAGGGAUACGCUGCGGACCACAUAUCAAUGACCAGGUUAGAUAAUCAUCAAGAAGAUCGAGAUGUUCCAAUAACUAGCCUUUAACCUUGUAUGUGUGGUACGCUCUCGGAAGAUUUUUAUAGUUCGAAAACUAUCUGGAUAUAUGUCACAUUAUCAUUCUUAUAAUUUUUAUCUUUUAUUUAUCAUCACUUCAUCCGCAGUGUUCAAUUGAAAAAAAUCACGGAUGCAUCUUUGAUACUCAAUGUAAACAGUAAAGUGAAUCUUUCUUCUACCUUUUUUUUUAACAAUAUCUAUAUUAUAAAUUAUUUAUGAAGUUACAUAUAUGAGAAAAGACAUUAGACGAUUGAACGGGUAACUCGACAAAAUUAACGGUUUUGUAUUGUGUACGCGUGUAUAU